ACGGAUAAUAGAUUUCGCUAUUAAAAAUUGCAUUCCUAACCAUAGACUUUAUUAUUAUCUUUGUUAUUUAUGUCACACUGACAUGCCAUAUUAUGUUAAAAACCACUUGGUAUUUUCAUUUUAUUUUUUGCUAAGUAAUUUUACUGAUUACCUUUAAAUAAAUCACUAUGACUUCAUUCCCGGAACCGGACAAAUGUCCAAAAGUCUGUCAUGAUAUCGGCGCGUUCAAGAAAGCUUCUAAAUCACCCGAACAGGUAAAAGAAGAAAUCAAAACAGCCAAUGAUACAAAAGUAAAAGCUGCAGAGGUUCCAUCAACGCCUCCCGCCUCCGAAGAGGCUCCUGCACACGAGUCAUUAAGACCUCCACCUCCAGGGGAAGAAUACUUACCUAAUCUUAAACCAGGUCAAGAUGGAAAAGUUGAUUGGACACCUUUAGGUGCCAUGACAGGUACAAGACCUGGAGUCAACAAAUAUUCGAUUAGCAGAUACUCCCUUAGCGAGUGGAGGAAACAUAAUGAACAAGUUCUUGACCCUGAAGUCAUAACAGAAUCGAACAUAGUCGACUAUAACGCAAAAACUUCCAUGAUGCAGGCCUUCGGUAACAUUGACAAACAACAAAACGAAAACACCAAACGACUAAAGCAAAAGGCUAGAGAUAUUUUUCGAUGGAAAGUUGAAGUUGAGAGAGCAUGCAAGGCAAUCACUGAAGAAGUAGAGUUAUUGGAAAUAGAAAGACAACGAUUGAAAGGUGCUUCUAGAGUAUUAAUGCUCCCGCAGUCUAUAUCCAAGGAAUGUCUUGAUCUUCGCUCAAAUAGAUUUGAAUCCGAUUUAGUUGCAGACUUAGCGGAACAGGAACUUAUAGAAGAGGUGGAACUCGUAAACGAAGUCAGACAAACUCUUAAAAAUACUUUAAGUGAAAUAGAAGAACAAAUGGCUGUAAAUAAAGCUGCAAAACAUAGGAUCGAAUACGACUGGUGCGACAAAACUAUGGCCCAUAAUACAGAAUCGAUUAACUUGAGUUUAAAUUCUAAAUCUAACACUAUUAUGUUCAAACCGGGAGCUACGAGAUUCGGUGACUACACAGCUCCCUUGGAGUAUUGGGAAUUCUUUUGUCGAGAAAACGUACAAAACUGCGAAGCCGCUAGACAAAAAUCCGCUGACUUAAGGGGAAGUUUAAAUGCAAUUUUAGUGAAUGGUGGCCGAAAAUUAAGAAAUCAAGCGGAUAGAACUGAUAUGGCAUUAGCAGAAACGGUUGCUAUUACGCAAGAAUUAUGUACUAAACUUGAAGAAACGUUAAGAAACACUCUGCAAAGACUUGCCGAUAUAGAAUGUCUGAUUGAUGAUUUGAAGAACUCGAUAAGAAAAAUGGAUGCUGCUAUGAAAUUGGCUCAGACAAGACUCGACAAUAGAAAUAAUUGGCGUCCACACGGCGAAAGUGUGCGGGACCAGCCUCAUCUAGGUUUGAUGGAAGAAGUGAAGAAGAUACAUGAAACUGUAACAUCUCUUUUAGGGCAAUUGAGAAAUGCCGAGAGAGUCAGGGAAGAUUUAAUGGCCAAAAGAUUAGUUUUAGAAAAAGAUAUCGCCUCUAAAAGAAAAUCCUUGAACAUAGACAGGGACAGGUGUGGGAUGAUUCGAUCUCACUAUCCGUCUGCAUCGGAAUUAGCUGGAUAUUGAUGAAAUAUGACAUGUUUUGUAUCAUGUUAUAUUGAAAAUCCGUAUUGUUUCUAAUUACGAAUAGCAAUUUGGAUGGAAAUUAUUUAAUCUUUAUUUUAUUACAAACGUUAAUGUUAAUGUAUUAGUAAAUUUUAGUGCCACUCUAAUCCUAAUAAAAGUCAUUUGUUUCUGCAA